GCCUUGGAACCUUUAUCUUUGCUCAAUUUGGAUGGAAAUUGUUAUCAAUUUCAUUUUUCUAUAAAAAAACAAACGUUUUCUCCUCUCCUCUGGGUUUUUACCCAGGCUAGGCAACCGAGUUGAAGCCGCCGAGAAAAAGGACCAAAGGGCAGGAAAGAAAUGAGUGGGUAUCCAGUUCCCAGAGCCGAGUCGACUCACCAUCGACUCUACGAGUUGGCUAAAACCGCCCUCAUCAAGAUCUUUGUCCACCCUUAUGCCACUGUCUGUGACUUGUACUGCGGUGGAGGAGCCGAUGCAGAGAAAUGGGAUGGAGCUCAAAUCAGCCAUUAUAUUGGAAUUGAUGGUUUGUCAUCUGGGAUAAAUGAAAUGAGGGAAGCAUGGGAGAGUCAGCGGAAAAGUUUCACUUCUGAGUUCUUUGAGGCUGAUCCUUGCAUUGAUAACUUGGAAACCCAGUUGAAGGAGAAGGCCAUUCAGGCAGAUCUUGUCUGUUGUUUGCAGCAUUUGCAGUUCGGAUUUGAAACUGAAGAGAAAGCAAGGAGACUUCUAAAUAAUGUGUCAUCUUUGUUAAAACCAGGGGGUUAUUUUUUCGGUAUUACUCCUGACUCAUCUACCAUAUGGGCAAAGUACCAGAAGAAUGUUGAAGCAUACCACAACAAGAAUAGCAGCAUGAAGCCCAACAUCGUUCCCAAUUGCAUUCGGUCAGAGAGUUACAUGAUCACCUUUGAAAUUGAGGAAGAGAAGUUUCCAUUGUUUGGAAAGAAAUACCAGUUGAAAUUUGCUAGUGAUGCCUCAGCUGAGAUCCAUAGCUUGGUUCAUUUUCCAAGUUUAAUCAGAUUGGCCAGAGAAGCUGGUCUUGAAUAUGUGGAGAUUCAAAACUUAACUGAAUUCUAUGAUGAUAACAGACCACAAUUUGCAGGCAUGAUGAUGAAUGCCGGUCCAAACCUUGUGGAUCCAAGAGGGAGACUUCUUCCUCGAUCUUAUGAUGUGUUAGGUCUCUAUACAACAUUUAUAUUUCAAAAACCUGACCCAGAUGUUGUCCCCCCUAUUGCAACUCCAUUAUUGCAGGACAGUAGUUACAACCACGAUGAGAGCGAGUGGCAGGGGGCGGUAUGGAGAGAAGAGGAGAAGAAUGGACAAGCAGAGCAGCCACCUCAUGGACUAGGCAAGAUAAGUGAACAGAAGGGAAUUUUGGGUCCUGGCCCAGCAGAGUUGCGUUUCUCUGAAGCACUUUGACUUGGAAGUGGCAGGAAUUAGGAAACUGAACCUGCAAUUGAAGUUGUACGAACCUAAUUUAUGUGUGUGCACUUCCACCCACACUUGUGAAUACUGAUGCUAUGCGAAUGGAAAGGUAAUGGAAGGUUUCUAAGUAAAAUGCAAUAGCAUUCCGCAGCCUCUUUGAGCAUAUUUUCCCCGGAGUUUUUACUCUUAAAUCUAGCUUAUGUAAUUACAUACGUUAUAAAAUCCUUUGGCAUAACCAUAGUGAAAGAAUUUAGAGAUUUGAUUUUAAUUGUAGUGAAACUUUUUUAAUUUAUUUGGUAAUUUUAUUGGUA